AUGGCUUUAUCUUCAUUCAUUUUGUGGUUACUGUUCUUGGCUGCUGCACCAUUGGCAGUUGUAGAAUCAAUACCAAUUUAUGUUCCGGGAUCAUAUAAAUCCUCAUUAAAGAAAGAUGUGAAGAAUGCUAAGCCAAAAUUACCUUAUAUAACCCAAUAUUUCCCUCAAAUUUUAGACCAUUUCACAUUCCAACCUACAAGCUACAAAACCUUUUAUCAGAAGUAUCUCAUCAACAGCCAGCAUUGGCAUAAAGGAGGCCCUAUAUUUGUUUACACUGGCAAUGAAGGAGACAUUGAAUGGUUUGCUUCAAACACUGGUUUCAUGCUUGAUAUUGCUCCAAAGUUUCAAGCUCUCCUUGUCUUCAUUGAACAUAGGUUUUAUGGAGAAUCUUUGCCAUUUCCAGAGGAAAAACUCAAGUCAGCUAAGACAUUGGGAUACUUGAGUUCACAGCAAGCAUUGGCAGAUUAUGCAACGUUGAUAACAAGUUUGAAGAAGAAUCUCUCUUCUGAGGCAUCUCCUGUUGUGGUUUUUGGUGGCUCUUAUGGAGGAAUGUUGGCCGCUUGGUUUAGACUCAAAUAUCCACACAUUGCGAUUGGAGCAUUGGCAUCUUCAGCUCCUAUACUGCAGUUUGAUGACAUAGUUCCUUGGUCAAGCUUUUAUGAUGCUGUUUCCCAGGAUUUCAAGGAGGCAAGCCUGAAUUGUCAUGAAGUGAUAAAAGGUGCUUGGACAGAGCUGGAUGGUUUUGCAAAUAAAAAAGGAGGAGUAGCAGAGCUCAGCAAGAUCUUCAGAGCUUGCAAGGAGAUUAGUUCUAUAUAUUCAGCUAGAGAUUGGUUAUGGUCAGCAUUUGUGUAUACAGCAAUGGUAAAUUAUCCAACUGAAGCCAAUUUCAUGAAGCCACUACCAGCCUAUCCAGUGGAAGAGAUGUGCAAGAUCAUCGACAAAUCGCCACGUGGAGCCACGAAGCUUAGCAGGGCAUUUGCAGCAGCAAGUUUGUACUACAACUACUCAAAGACUGAAAAAUGCUUCAAGUUGGAAGGUGAUGAAGAUGAUCAUGGCCUUCAAGGUUGGAAUUGGCAGGCUUGCACAGAAAUGGUGAUGCCGAUGACAUGCUCUAACGAAAGCAUGUUUCCACCAUUCCCGUUCAGCUACAAGGAGUUUGCUGAUGAUUGCAAGAAACAGUUUGGAGUAAGGCCUCGGGAACACUGGAUCACUACUGAAUUUGGUGGCAAGAGGAUCAAACAAGUGCUAAAGAGAUUCGGUAGUAACAUCAUAUUUUCCAAUGGAAUGCAAGAUCCAUGGAGCAGAGGAAGUGUGCUGAACAACAUUUCGUCCAGCAUUGUGGCUUUGGUGACUGAGAAAGGGGCGCACCAUGUUGAUUUUAGAUCUGCAACGAAAAAGGAUCCACAUUGGCUGGUAGAGCAAAGGAGGCAAGAAAUGGAGAUUAUCAAGGGCUGGUUACAUGAGUACUUCAUGGAUAACUCACAGGACUAA